AUGUCUACUGAUUCUCAUUCUCCUAAUCUAUUUCACAGAGGUGUUCUUUGCAAUGCCGGUGCCGGUGCUGCCGCUGGGGUUAUUGCUGCCACGUUUGUAUGUCCUUUAGAUGUAAUCAAAACUAGGUUUCAGGUUGGGACUCCUCAGCUUGCUAAUAGAAGUGUUAGAGGUAGUCUUAUAGUUGGUAGUUUAGAGCAAGUAUAUCAUAAGGAGGGGUUGCGAGGAUUGUACCGCGGGCUAUCCCCAACUGUUAUGGCCUUACUUCCAAACUGGGCUGUCUACUUUACCGUGUACGAGCAGUUCAAGAAGCUGCUUUCUGAUGAUGAAAACCACCGCCUUUCAGUUGGAGCUAAUAUGGCAGCUGCUUCAGGUGCUGGAGCUGCAACUACAUUGGUUACAAAUCCAUUUUGGGUUGUCAAGACAAGACUCCAAACCCAGGGCAUGAGAUCCGGUGUUCUGCCGUAUAGAAGUACCCUAUCUGCUUUGAAGAAAAUAGCUCACGAGGAGGGCAUUCGUGGGAUGUACAGUGGCCUUGUCCCUGCUCUGGCUGGUAUCAGUCAUGUUGCCAUCCAGUUUCCAACCUAUGAGAAAAUAAAAUGUUAUUUAGCAAAUCGAGGUAACACAACAGUGGAUAAACUCGGCGCACGGGAUGUUGCAAUUGCCUCAUCAGUCUCCAAAUUUUUUGCAUCUACGUUGACAUAUCCUCAUGAGGUUGUUCGAUCUAGACUGCAAGAACAAGGACCUCACUCAGAGAAGCGGUACUCUGGUGUGGGCGACUGCAUUAGAAAGGUAUUUCAACAAGAGGGAGUCCCUGGUUUUUACCGUGGAUGUGCCACCAACCUCCUGAGGACAACCCCAGCUGCUGUAAUCACAUUCACCAGUUUUGAAAUGAUACAUCGUUUUCUAGUUUCACUUUCCCCUUCUGACCCAGAGCCCCCUUCUGCCGCGGAGCUGCAUAAUUUGUAA